AUGGCGGACUCCCCAGCCGGUUUCCCGGAGCCGAAAAGCUUGGAGAACGCCCAAGCUCGCUAUUCUUGGAAGAGACCCGGGCCCGUGUCGUUAUCGGAUGGAAGCAAACUGUCUUCGCCAAUUCCUUCGCCUUCCUUACCCGUGACGGAAACAGACACCCAGCACCUGACGGAGGAACAAGAUCAGGUGAAUUAUUUACAAUCCCUGCAGCACACAGGAGAAACCAUACCCAAGAAUCAGAGCAAAUCACGUGCAGGACAAACCAGCGGUCAUUCGGAGGACGAGACCACAUCAGGGAAUACUGUUUUCGGGGACAAACCUGCCUCGUUGAUGCCUCGAAAGAUAAAUGAGGCGACUGAGUCACCGCAGACUCCCGGGAGUAGGAAGCCUCAACCGCCAUUGUCAGCCGCGAGUCGCCGUCCAAGCGUCCAGUUCACUCGAGACCCUCAGGAGGUUGAUCCCCUCACCGAGCUGCCCCAUUCUAGACCCCCCUCAAUCAAGGGAGAUGAUACAGAUCUGGGCUUGAGAGGGAAACAGUCCAUACUCACCAAGUUGAAGUCAUUCGCCGCAUCGCCCUCGUUCGCAUCACACUCUCGCUCAGCCAGUGGCGCAACGCUGAGUGAUUUUAGGACCACCAACAAUGACUUGGCAACCCCUGGCUCGGAGCGGGGAGAGUUUCGCUUUCCGAACACCUUGGAAGAAGAGGGCAGUGAUAUUGAUGCCGAUGCGGAAGAGAGCGCAGGAGAGGGUCGUGUUAGCCAGCCGAAAAAGAAGAAGAAACAACACAGACGUAAGAGAGACGAUUCAGUACCGCAAACGCAGCCAAGUACACCGAAGACUACUACUCGCCCAUCGUUCCACCUGCCCAGCUCAUUUGCGCCCUUUGAAAAUUAUCGGUCCAACUUCUUCCCGCGACGGGGAAGCACUGGGAACUUUAUACCCCAACAACGAGAAGGCGUUUCGGAGGAUGAAGGUCGCGAUCGCUUGAACAGGGAUACGGCAUGGAGGCGGAGAAGUGUCUGGCUCGCGAAUGCCCGGGGAUUUACCUAUGGCGGACGUCAGCUGGAUACCCCAACGAACCCCGACGAGAGAAGACCGAGCAAUCUCAGAAGACUGACCGGGUUGGCUGGUCCAUCCGACAACAUCGAAGGGCCGGCACCACCAUGGCGGCGUCACCGGACUGACCGGGCCUCUAGUUUGAGUGCCCAGAAAUGGCGCCAGAUCAAAGCUGGACUCAAAUUGAUCGGCCAGAGACGCAAGGUGGAUAGCACGGUUGAUCAUGCGAAAUCAGCAGAGCUUCUAGCCGAGUUAACGUCUGGUGUGCCGGCCGCCCUCAUUCUAGCUAGCAUGUUCCAAAGGGACGAGCACGGUAGCAAGCGCAUUCCGAUUUUGCUCGAACAACUCAAGGUGCGCGUAACCGAUAGUAAGAUCGACUCCCACUCCGGUGACCGCCAUCUGGUUUUCCGUAUUGAGCUCGAGUACGGAAGUGGGAUGACACGCAUGAAGUGGAUAAUUCACCGAACCCUGAGGGACUUUGCGAAUAUCCAUCUGAAGUACAAGCUUCACUUCGGAACGCAGAAGUACAUCCAAUUGCGGAACACCGAGGGCGGACAUAACCUACCGCGCUUUCCUCGCAGUGCGUUUCCUUAUCUUCGAGGAGUUCGCGGCUUGGAAAGUGACAUGGAAGAUGAUGAGGAGGAUGGUGGGUAUGAGACCGCAGCGGAGGCAACAAGCGGGAAUGAAAGAGGCGGCAAGAAGCAGCACCAGCAAGCACAGCGGCGUCCAUCUGGUGGUAUGUCUCGGAGACAAUCGAGUGCCACAAUCCCUGACGGAGAGAAUGCCGCAGGCGCGUCUGGACCGGUGGAAGCCGGAAUGGUUAAUAAGAGAGAGAGUUACCCAGAGAGACAGCGAAAGAAGCUAGAAUCCUACCUUCAAAAGCUGAUCCGGUUUCUCAUCUUCAAGCCAGAUAGUAACCGCCUUUGCAAAUUCCUCGAGCUAUCGGCACUAGGUGUCCGCCUUGCGGCCGAAGGGAGUUACCAUGGCAAAGAAGGUUAUCUCGUCAUCCAAUCGUCCAAAGGUCUUGAUUUCCGGAGAGCUCUGACUCCAGGCAUGGUGAAAAAACGCCACUCACCAAAAUGGUUUCUUGUAAGACACAGCUACGUUGUAUGCGUCGAUUCGCCGGAAGAGAUGAACAUAUACGAUGUGUUCUUGGUCGACCCCUUCUUCAAGCUCCAGACACAGAAGGUUAGUUUGCGCAAUCAAAAGGCAAAGGAUUUCGCCAAAUCUGCGACGGAAUCAGCUCGCCACCCGCAGCAUCACACGCUAAGGCUCGAGAACUCGGAGCGAAAGCUCAGACUGCUGGCCAGGAAUGAGCGGCAACUCCAUCAAUUCGAGGACUCAAUACGGUUCAUGGUCAAUAACACCCCCUGGGCGAGGCCGAAUCGAUUUGAUAGUUUUGCUCCCGUACGACAGAAGUGCUUCGCGCAAUGGUUGGUAGACGCGCGUGACCACAUGUGGGUCGUUUCUCGAGCGAUCAACCAGGCAAAAGAUGUCAUUUACAUCCAUGACUGGUGGCUCAGUCCUGAGCUCUACAUGCGACGCCCCGCUGCCAUUAGCCAGAAAUGGCGCUUAGAUCGUCUGUUGCAGCGCAAGGCGCGUGAAGGCGUGAAGAUCUUCGUGAUCAUGUACCGUAACAUCAACUCUGCCAUCCCCAUCGAUUCAGAGUAUUCCAAAUUCUCUCUUCUCGACCUGCAUCCGAAUGUAUUUGUCCAACGGUCACCCAAUCAGUUUCGGCAGAAUACUUUCUUCUGGGCGCAUCAUGAAAAGCUAUGCAUUAUCGAUCACACCCUGGCCUUCGUUGGGGGUAUCGAUCUGUGCUUCGGAAGAUGGGACACACCUCAACAUCUUUUGACGGACGAUAAGCCAACCGGCUUCGAGACACGGGAUGGACCAAAAGACGCGGAUCAUUGCCAGCUCUGGCCCGGCAAGGACUACUCGAACCCUCGCAUACAAGAUUUCUACGAUCUAGACAAGCCCUACGAGGAAAUGUAUGAUCGGAAUGUUAUCCCCAGGAUGCCUUGGCAUGAUAUCUCGAUGCAUGUAGUGGGCCAACCAGCUCGGGAUCUCACGCGUCAUUUUGUCCAAAGAUGGAAUUACAUCUUGCGUCAGCGAAAGCCAACUCGUCCGACGCCAUUCUUGCUUCCACCCCCCGACUUCGACGCAGCAGACCUGGAAGCUCUUGGUCUUGAUGGAACUUGCGAAGUCCAAAUCUUGCGUUCUAGUAGCAUGUGGUCGACCGGUACACCGGACAUAACGGAGCACAGCAUUAUGAACGCUUAUGUCAAAUUGAUUGAAGAAUCAGACCAUUUCGUUUACAUCGAGAAUCAAUUUUUCAUCAGCACAUGUGAGAUCGACGGCCGGAAAAUUGAAAAUCUGAUCGGUGAUGCACUGGUAGAGCGCAUCACCCGGGCUGCAAAGAACAAGGAAGCUUGGCGUGCUGUGAUUGUCAUUCCCUUGAUGCCAGGGUUUCAGAACACGGUAGACAGUGAGGGUGGGACUAGCGUCCGUCUGAUCAUGAUGUGUCAAUAUCGCAGUAUCUGUCGUGGAGAGACGUCUAUAUUCGGGCGAUUACGGGCCUUGGGAAUAGAACCCGAGGACUACAUUCAAUUCUUCAGCCUCCGGUCAUGGGGUAAAAUCGGUCCGCAGAAGCAGCUCGUCACUGAACAGCUAUACAUCCAUGCCAAAUGCAUGGUCGUCGAUGACCGAGCGGCUAUCAUUGGAUCCGCCAACAUCAACGAACGGUCGAUGCUCGGAUCUCGCGACUCAGAAGUUGCGGCAGUCGUCCGCGACACGGACAUGAUAUGGUCUAGCAUGAACGGCCGUCCCUACCUCGUGGGGCGUUUUCCUCAUACCCUUCGCAUGCGCCUCAUGAGAGAGCACCUUGGUAUUGAUGUGGAUGAGCUAAUGGAACACUCUAUGGCGACUGAGGAAGAGCUACGAAGGAUUCAGAUUGCGGAAGAGGGCUCCAAACCACCCGAGAGCAAUGAGGCGCCUGACUCCGAGUCUUUGAUGCUGGAGAAGAAAGACGAGAGAGACAUGAUUGAGCGCCGUCACCGUAUUCAAGACGAGUUUCUCUCUCGGUCGGAGGACAUGCACAGUUUCAACCAUGACGUAGAUUGGGAGCAGGGUAACAACCCUAAUCUCAAAUCGAACAGAAAGCUCACUGCGGAUCCGAGAGUAACCGCCAACCCAGAACACAAGAAAGAUGUGGAUGGUCUAGGGCCAGAUCAUCUGAGAGCAGCCUUAGAAACGGGCCUGGUGAAUGGUCGCGACUCUGAAAUCUUGCGGGACAAAGCCGAGGUUCUGAUUUCGCCCCUUGCAUCGGAGGGCAAAGGCACGUUGCAGCAACCUAAACGUCCUUCACAACGUACUCUGCGGCAUGCAGACCCUCAUAGCAACAGUGAUGCCGGUCAGGCACAGUCUGGUCUAGCCGCGCACGGAAAUGAAUGCCCACAGGUUGUUGAAGGAAUGUCAAAUAUACGGCACCCAGCACUGGCCUCAGAACAUGAGACAGAAAGCAGCAACAGCGGCGGCCUCGCAGCUUUACGGGACAUCGGUGAUAAUGCCAAGUCUUAUUUGUCCGCUCCGGAAGUGAAGCAUAUUUUCAUAGACAAAGACUGCAUGAGGGACCCUAUACUUGAUCUGUUUUACCUGGACACCUGGUCUGCCGUUGCCGAAAAGAAUACGAAAGUCUUUCGUAGUGUUUUUCGCUGCAUGCCGGAUAGCGAAGUGAAAUCCUGGAAGGAAUACAAGGAAUAUGCUGCGUAUGGAGAUCGUUUCGCUGACAUGCAGAGUCAACAAGGAGCAAAAGCUUUCCAGCCUUCGAAUCAGCGACAAACUGGGCCUCCCGGCACGGCAGCUGGGUUCGCUGGAGCAGCUGCCGGGAUCAAGCAUAGUCUAGCGACACAUGGCCAGGGUACAGAGGCGCAGAAGGCCGACCAGAAAGAGCAAACCAACAUCGAAAAAGCAGACCAUCGUGAUAGUGGGCCAGUGCAGUCUACGAACGAGCAACAGCCUGAUGUGACGCAUCAAGAAGGACUGUUGCCCAUCGAUGAGAAGUCUGCUAUGAAAGCAGCAGAUGGCUUAGCAUCCCGACGGAUGCAGAAUGGACGGGUCGAGGAUAGCGGCUCGUCCGGGGACGAUAUCGAGAAACAGCGGUCAGAGCCCCUUGUCAUAGGUUAUUCUGAGGCAUUAAAUAGGAAUGCCACCGGCCAAUCUCGACGGCGGAGACGAAGAGCAACAACGCUUGGAUCGAAGCGUGACUUCCAUGCGGAUGAGGUGAUGGACAAACAGCGAGCGGAGGACUUGUUGAACCAGGUCCAGGGGCAUCUCAUUCUCUGGCCUUAUGACUGGCUGGAGAAAGAGGAACAAGGUGGUAAUUGGCUUUACACAUUAGACCAAAUUUCUCCACUGGAAAUCUAG